AUGGCUUUGCAAAAUAUUGGUGCAGACAACAAAGAUGAUGCCUUUUACAGGUACAAGAUGCCCAAGAUGAUAACAAAAAUCGAGGGCCGUGGUAAUGGGAUCAAAACGAACGUGGUCAACAUGGUUGACAUUGCCAAAGCCCUCGGGAGGCCUGCUUCGUACACGACUAAGUACUUUGGCUGUGAGCUCGGGGCUCAGUCCAAAUUUGAUGAUAAAACGGGUACUUCUCACGUUAAUGGUGCACACGACACGUCAAAGCUGGCGGCCCUUCUUGAAAACUUCAUCAAGAAGUUUGUCCAGUGUUACGGGUGUGGGAACCCUGAAACCGAGAUAAUCAUCACAAAGUCUCAGAUGAUCAAUCUCAAGUGUGCGGCUUGUGGCUUUAUCUCGGAAGUGGACAUGCGGGAUAAGCUCACGACUUUCAUUAUAAAAAACCCGCCCGAAUCUAAGAAGGGGUCGAAGGACAAGAAAGCCAUGAGGAGGGCUGAGAAGGAGCGGCUCAAGGAAGGUGAGGCAGCUGAUGAAGAACAGAAGAAGCUGAAGAAGGAAGCUGCCGGAAAGAAGAAGGGAGGCUCUAAGGAGAAAUUGACCGGAAAGAAGAAAUCCCAGAACUCAGACGAGGACCGCUCGCCGCCCAGAAGCCAGGUGGAUGAGCAUGACGUGGCGCCAGCUGUUGCAGAGGACAGUGAUGAUGGGGAGUGGCAGACGGACACCUCUGAAAUUGCUGUGAAGAAGGUUAUUCAGGAGCAGCUCAAUGCAGUGACAGCUGGAAUGGUCAUUCUUUCGACUGACGAAAAAAAGCCGAAAUCCAGCAAACAAAAGGACAAUGGGGAAGCAAAUGGUGUGAAAACCAUCUUUGACUCGAUUAAGGAGUUUGUGAAGAAGGGCUCUCCAGCGAGUCAGCUGAAGCCCUUUUUGGAGUCUCUUGCUGGGGACAAACAGGAGAUUAUUGAUGCAUUGUUUGAGGCACUUUUUGAGGGAGUUGGAAAAGGAUUCUCGAAAGAGGUUGUGAAGAAGAAGAAGUAUCUUGCUGCUGCAGUUCAGGAAGAGGGGUCACAGCCCAUGUUGCUUCAUGCUGUGGAGAGUUUCUGUGGGAAGGCGAGCUCGGAGGCUGUGAAGGAAGUUGCUCUUGUUCUGAAGGCUUUGUACGAUGAUGAUGUGCUUGAGGAGGAGUUUAUUGUGGAGUGGUAUGAGAAGGGGCUGAAGGGUGGGAAUAAAGGGUCGUCUAUUUGGAAAAAUGUGAAGCCGUUUGUGGAGUGGCUCCAGAGUGCCGAGUCUGAGACCGAGGAGGAAUAG